UUUUUUUUUUUAUUUUACAGUGGGACUCAACUAGGAGGUCUUAUUACAGUACUGUGCUUCUUUUUCAACCAUGGAGAGGCCACCCGUGUGAUGUGGACACCACCUCUCCGUGAAAGUUUUUCCUAUCCAUUCCUUGUACUUCAGAUGUAUAUUUUAACUUUGAUUCUCAGGACCUCGAGCAAUGAUAGAAGGCCCUUCAUUGCACUCUGUCUUUCCAAUGUGGCUUUUAUGCUUCCCUGGCAAUUUGCUCAGUUUAUACUUUUUACACAGAUAGCAUCAUUAUUUCCCAUGUAUGUUGUGGGAUACAUUAAACCAAGCAAAUUUCGGAAGAUCAUUUAUGUGAACAUGAUUUCAGUUAUCCUUAGUUUCAUUUUGAUGUUUGGAAAUUUAAUGUGCUUAUCUUCUUAUUAUUCUUCAUCUUUGUUAAUGACAUGGGUAAUCAUAAGAAGAAAUAUUCACCUGAGUGAUCUUAUAGCAGCCAGAAUAUUAAGGUAUACAGAUUUUGAUACUUUAAUAUACACCUGUGCUCCUGAAUUUGACUUCAUGGAAAAAGCGACUCCGCUGAGAUACACAAAGACAUUAUUGCUUCCAGUUGUUAUGGUGAUUACGUGUUUUAUCUUUAAAAAGAUAAUAUUUUUGUUUUAUUCUAGAAAAAAGCUCCUUGAACACGGUGAGCUGGCUUUUCACACGUUGCAGUUGUUAGCGUUUACUGCCCUUGCCAUUUUAAUUAUGAGGCUAAAGCUGUUCUUGACGCCACAUAUGUGUGUUAUGGCUUCCUUGAUAUGCUCUCGGCGGCUCUUUGGCUGGCUUUUUCGCAGAGUUCGUUUUGAGAAUGUUAUCUUUGGCAUUCUAACAGUGAUGUCAAUACAAGGUUAUGCAAACCUCCAUAAUCAAUGGAGCAUAAUAGGAGAAUUUAAUAAUUUGCCUCAGGAAGAACUUUUACAGUGGAUCAAAUACAAUACCACACCAGGUGCUGUCUUCGCAGGUGCCAUGCCUACAAUGGCAAGUGUCAAGCUGUCAACACUUCAUCCCAUUGUGAAUCAUCCACUUUACGAAGAUGCAGACUUGAGGGCCCGGACAAAAAUAGUUUAUUCUACAUAUAGUCGAAAAUCUGCCAAAGAAGUAAGAGAUAAAUUGUUGGAGUUACAUGUGAAUUAUUGUGUUUUAGAAGAGGCAUGGUGUGUUGUGAGAACUAAGCCUGGUUGCAGUAUGCUUGAAAUCUGGGAUGUGGAAGACCCUUCCAAUGCAGCGAACCCUCCCUUAUGUAGCGUCCUGCUCAAAGAUGCGAGGCCUUACUUCACCACAGUAUUUCAGAAUAGUGUGUACAGAGUAUUGAAGGUUAACUGAGAAGGAAACUACCCAUUACACUAUGGUACAAUGCUGUGUGUCAAAAACAAUCACCCUUUGGCUUGUUUACAUUAAUAAAAAUCACAAGCUUUAAUAACAGACACUUAAAAAUAAGAUAAAAAUGGAUUGAAAGUUUUUCUGAUUACUAAAAGGUAAAUUACUUUUCUGUUCAUUGAAUGUCAGCCUUAUUAAGCUUGUCAUAUAAAUUAUGAAAUCAUUCAUGUCAUACUGCAUAAACGUUCAUUUCAGAGUUUUAAAGUGAAAUGUAUAUAAAAGAACAAUGAAUUUUAAUAAAUCAAGGGCACGUAAGUCCUUUUUCAUCCAACUAGGUGAAUUGCUUCAGAUUUUCCCUAGUACCAGAGUGUACCUGCUCAAGCUCUUUGAACCACUUAGGGCAGAAGAAUCAAGCUCUGAAAUGAUAUCCUUACGAUGCUGAUGCUGGUCACAACCUCUUUACCUCUGUGAGGAAAUUGUAACAGUGUGUCUUUUAAGGUGUUUUUAUUUUACCAGCACUUAAGAAAAAUCUCUAAUACCUUUUAAUGCUUUUUUUUAAAAUAAUUUCAAGUUGAAGUAUUUUUAAAAACACCUUGUUUUGUAAUGGUUUGACUCUCUUGAGAUGUAUUUACUCCACUAGAUACAUAUUUGCCACUGGUUAGUUCUCCAUCUGAGCUCAAGAGGUUAUUCAUCUCUCUUUAGAUUCCAGUGGUUUUUCUUUUAACAUCCAGGUAAAAUAGAAAUUGCUACAGUAUACAACCAAAUUUUGGAGUUAAACAUAAUCAGAAAAGAAAAUCCAGUUAAAUUUAUCAAGUGAGAUUUUCAGAUCCUAGAUCUUGAAUAAAGCAAAGAUCUUUUCAUCUUGAUGGCCCCAAAGCUUGUUGGUCAUCGUCUUUAUUCCCGGCCACUGUCUUCUUAAAUAAUAUAUUUUAAGCCCUCAUUUGUUUUUGGUUUUGGAUGAGGAAAGUCAUGUUCUCUAAGUCCUCUCCCCUAAUAAAACCUACCCAACAAUAGUGCUUUGAAAAGUGGUAAAUAGUUAUCUUGAAGAUACUCUUGCCAAAUGCAAAGAUAAACAUUCUUUUUGUCUGCUUUAUAAAUAUGAAAUAUGCCAGAUCUAUAGUAUUUUAAUGUGCAUCUACUUUAAAUGAGUCAUCUUGGGGUUUUUAUAAUUCCCUUACAUUCUUGCCCCUCUGUACUUGAAAUAACAAAAUGCCUUAAUUGUAUAGAUGAGUUCUCUUACAAUAGACAGGCAGUUAUAUGCAGCAAAACCAAUAAAGUUAUUUUUCAACUUUCACAGUUGUAAAAUAUUUUAUAACAGGAUGCAAAACAGCUAAGAAAACAUGCCACAUUUUAUUUAUUUUAGCAUUUUCAAAUAAUUUGUUUUUGGUGUAAGCACAGGAUAAAAAAGAAAGCGUCAAAGAAAAGAGACGUAACACUUAACAUUCAUAAAAAUUAACAAAGUACAUUUUGGAUGAUGUUUUUACAGGAAAUAUUUUAAAUAAGUUGGUAGAAUUUUUAAAACGGUACUCUAUUAGCUAAUAAAAUAUUCAGUACAAAUAUAUGUUUGGAUUUAUGCAUUAAAAAACUAAUACAAUUAUUUUCAACUUU